AUGCCGAUUUUUGUUGCUAUUCUGCUUGUAGGAUCUUUGAACAGUACGAUGUUCUCCGCUAGCAGAUACCUCCAAGCAGCUUCCAAGCAGGGACAUCUGCCUACUUUUAUCAGCGGAAUCAAUCCGAUCACUGAUUCACCACGAAGUGCUCUCUUUGUACAUGUACGUGAUUUCGACUUAUGUAUUAAGUAA